CGUUGGUAUGUAGCAAUAUUAAAAAAGGUUACAUGUGACGUUACUAACGUGAGUCUGUCUUACUUAAUGCGGGUCAGCAAAUAGUAAAUGUGCUGGAAGGAGCCCUACGUAGUCUGAGACUGCAGAGCUGUGAAUAAAACUAUUUUUUUAACAACAAAACUACAAUAAAGUAUGUAUGAGGAAAUGACAAGUCAGGAGUGGAUUAUGUCGAAUCAUGUACAGUGCCCAAAGCAAUCAACGACAGAGGAACGAAGGGGAUGUUUCGUUAAACAUUGAGGGAGAAACAGUAAGGCAAAGCGUCGAAAUGUCUUCUUUUUCAUCCGCUCCUUUUUCCGUGUCGUCGGAUUGGUUUUUAAGUUAUGGCUUGAUGGUGAUUUCCAGUAAAUACCAUUUGUUCAGACUUUUUCAUUAGUGGCAUUUCCGCUAUCUCAACUUUCUCAGUGCUUACUCAUCUCUUAUAUCUACUGAAUUACCUGAUCUGAAUAUUUAACUAGAAAUAUGUGACCAGUUUAUGACCUCUACUCAGGUUAUUAUUUUAAAGUACCUACAAAUUUUGAUUGGGAUAUUUAGUGAAAGGCAGGUUUCCUAUUUUAUGAAAUUUGAAGUGUGACUUUAUGUCGUUGUUGUUAGUCAGUCAAUGUCUGUUGAUAUAUGUACGUCGUGUAUGGAGCGAUAGGACAAUGUCAUUUAGUCAUAAGCUUUAGUAAAAUAAUAUUUAAAUUGUUUAUAAGUUUGAGGUUCACUACACAUAUACACGGUAUUGUCAAGUUAUAAAAAUGAGUUGGUUGUGAAGGAUUUCUUCACAGGAUCACGUUUUUCUUGUGACCUAAUCUAUGUGCUUAAAUUAAUGUUGAGUAUACCGUAAAAUGUCACAUAUCUGCAUAAGAUCAGUCCCAAUUGUUUACAGUCAUUUAUCAACGACUGAUUAUAGUGUUGAUUUAUAGAAUGAGAAGGGACAAUUCUCAUUAAUCGUGUUUUCGUCUUGACGUUUGAUAUGGAAUUGUAAUCACAACAUAUGCCUGCAUCAUAGAUGAAAUUCUCAUGCUAUAUUUGGUACUCAGAUGAUAAAGAACAUAACAGUUCCCCAUGUACUUGUGUUCCUGCUUUGAGGAUGGAUUUAGUGAUGAAUAUUAGAAAGUAAUUCACUAAAUGAAGAUUCCUAACAUUCAUUUUAAACGAAUUGUUAGUUGGAUCAGUAAUUAAUAUAGUUUGGGUAGUCACCAUUCUUUGGUAUCUUGUAAUAAACCAUUGGAAAUUUCUACAAACCUUAUCAAUCCAAAUAUAGGAAUAAACACACCCUUAUAAUCUCAAUUUCGAACUUCCUUUGUAGAUUAUGGCUGAGAAAAAUGAAGAUUUGAAGAACUCACUAACAAAUUUGGUUGAUGAUUUAGGGUACAUUCUGUCCGAUCGUUUACGAAAUGUAGAUGGCGAUUUCGAUUUCGAGUUGUCUCUCACUGUUUCAUCUGAUCUCGACACUCGGUUCAUGCUGAUGCUUGACAAGAAUAUGAUGCCUGAAUCUAACACGGACGAUUCCAUACCUGUUAAGAAUGACUGGGUGAAGUUUGCCGCAACGGCCUCUGCAUACGUCUACAAAAAUGUUGGUGAAUCGGUUUCCAAACCCCUUCGAAAAUGGCUGGCGAAUGCUGCCAGUGCUGCGAUUCUCGCUGGACUGCUUGCAGAAGUGCCCGAGUCGUCGGAUUCAAAUGAACGAUCUGCUUCUGAUGGAGAAACACCUGUCGAACAUGUCUCCACACCUGAUAGAGUAGUUGAGCAUCGUCAAGAUGGCGCCUGGUACUAUGGCCGUUGGACCGUUGACAAUGUUGCCAGAAGUUGUGAAUUGAUGGAUGUGAUCGAUGUUGAAAUGACAGAUGCAUGUAUUCGAGUGAUGAUUGCUGCUGUUGUUAAUUACUUCCAGGAGAACAGAUUCGCACCGUGUGGUUUGUUGAGAGACAGUUAUGCAAGUGCGAUACUGAGAAGUGAUCUAAUGGAUAGGUAUGGGUUAACAGACGAACAUGAUAAAAUUGAAGCGAUGCGUAUCACUGGUAGUUGGGUCUCAAAUCUGUAUGUGUUUCACAUGGCGACGAAGCAUCGUGAUUUGGAACACACAAUCAGACCUAUAAAUAAUGUUGGUUUAGUGCGUCCUCUGAAACUAGAUAUCAGUCAGUGUUUCGAAGACUUGACAGCUAGGUUUAUCCGUACACGAAUCGCACAUGAGAUUGCCAGUCGAAUGGUGCGAUCUGUGUGUAUAGUGUUUUUCGAAGAUUUGAAUGAAUUGAUUGAGUUGCGGAAGCUGUACCGUCAAAUAUCCAGUGAUCCAUUUUAUUAUCACACUGACUGUGAGUAUUUGACGAAAUCUUCUCGGCCGUCAGUCAGUGACAAGAUGAGCAGUAUAUUUGGUCGAUUGGUCACCUAUUUGAGUGUUUUUGAGCCGAAUAGUGAACUGUUUGAUUAUCCGCAGUUGAAGAUGAGUGGCAGAACUCGAGAACAACACUAUGUUGAUUAUAGUAAGAACUGGAAGAAGAUACUGGAGACGAUUUAUACAGAGUUGUAUAUGCCAAGUGGAAGUCAUUUAUUGGAUGUACUUAGAAGUAGAUGCAAGAUUGCAGAAAAUAUUCCACAAAAUGAAGAACUUUUGAGAGAAUGUUGGAAUGAAUAUGGUGUCGGUUGGAAUAUUUCGGAGUUUAUUUUCCGAUAUUCACUUAAUCGUUAGAUAUUUUGUUUGUUCAUUGACAACUCAAGAUGAAAAUUUUGUUAUUAACAAAUUGCAAUAUUAUUCCUCUUAUUCAUAA